CAAACGUUUUUCAAAUAAUUUUUACAAAAAAAUGGAUUAUUGGAAGGGAAAAGUUGCUGUUGUCACAGGAGCAAGUGCAGGAAUUGGAGCUGAAAUCAUUCGUGACUUCGCAAAAGCAGGCAUCAAUGUUGUCGGAUUAGCUCGUAGAAAUGAACGUGUUGAAGAAAUUGCGAAAGAAAUGGCAAACGCUCCCGGAAAAAUUCAUGCCAUCAAGUGUGAUAUUUCGAAUUUGGAUUGCAUUGCCAAAGCGUUUGCCGAAAUUGAAGCAAAAUUCAAAAUUGUUCAUAUUCUUGUUAAUAACGCUGGAAUGAUGCGUUAUGGAAACUUUUUCGAUGAAAACUUACCGUUUGAGAAAAUUCAACAAACUAUCGAUCUGAAUAUAUCGGGACUUGCUAAAUGCACAAGAGAAGCUUACAAAUUGAUGCAAAAGCAUGGAGAUAAUUGUUACAUUGUGAAUAUCAACAGUAUCGUGGGGCACAUGACUCCAAAUGCUGCAUUAUCGUGUUUGAAUAUUUACGGACCAACGAAACACGCUGUAACAACAUUAACGACUCAAAUUCGACAAGAAUUGAAUUUCGCCGGAAAUCGUCGUAUUAAAAUUACGAGCGUAAGUCCCGGCGGAGUAAUGACCGAAUUUGGAGAAGCUGCGGGAAUCCCUCAAGAAUUUUUACAGUAUUACCAAAAUGAGCCUAUGUUAUCGGGAAAAGAUGUUUCAAGUACUGUCAUGUAUUUGUUAAGUACUCCUGCUCAUUUGAACAUUACUGAGUUGACUUGUCAAGCUACAGGAGAGAAGAUGUGAAAAAAUUGAUUUGAUUUUUUUUUAAAUUCAAUAAAAAAACAAUAAAAGAUGUACUUUAAAUGACCUUUAUGAUUAAAAUUUGGUCUGAC